AUGGAGAGCCUAAAAAUGAACAGUAUUCCAGAAAGAUUAUCUGCAAGAUAUAAAGGAACUUUCGCUUAUUUCACCAUACGAGAUCGCUUGCCGGUGACUUUAACUCGAGUUAUAGAUGGUUUAAGUAGAAAAAUUUCCAAAUUGAAGGCCGAACAUAAUGAGGAUGUUGCAGAAGAUGCUAUUGGCAUUAUUUCCAAAUUAAGCAAGUUAAGGAAUGAAAUGCAGACUAAUAAAGAGAUUCCAGAAUUAAAUGAUGAAUUUGAAGACUUACCAAUAUGGAACAAUUACCUAAGAAAUGCUGAUCAGUUGCAGGAAUCGGAACGACCUUUAAAAUGGUUUACCGCUUCCUGGCUAUUUACGGAAUGUUAUAUGUACCGUGGUAUUUUUUCUGCCAUCAUGGCUAGGCAAUUCCUAAAGUCAUAUGACCCGUACGAAGAACAGAAGCAGCAAUCUUUUCGUCCGGAAGAUAAUAUUUACCCAUCUGUUAUCCAAUUAGCCAUGAAUGCUGGCCGUUCUGCAGAGAAAUUUAGUCAACUGCUUCAGUUCUCGCUAUGGGGAAACAUGUUUGACCUUUCACUAUUUGGUAAUGUGGAUGUAAGUACCAAACUUACAACACAAUUGGAAACAAUAAAAUCAAACAUUCUGUCGAAUGACGAUAGACAGAUAUAUAGCUCUUUGGAAUAUCGGUGGCAUAAUGUACCAACGAAUCAGAGACGAAUAGAUUUCGUUUUGGACAACAUUGGACCCGAAUUCCUCUUUGACUUGUGCUUAGCAGAAUACUUAUAUCGAAAUAACAUGGCCAAUCAAAUUUACUUUCACGUUAAGAGCAUACCUUGGUUUGUUUCUGAUGUUAUGCUAAAAGACUUUUUUUGGCAAGUUGAAACAAUGAAAGUGGCUCACAAUUGCCCAGUGAUAUCAGAGUUAGGUCGUAAAGUACAUCAAUAUAUUCAAGACGGUGUCUGGCAGAUCGUUGAGGAUUCAUUCUGGACGACCUGUCAUGAUUAUAACGAUAUGAGAACUAUUGCGCCAGAUUUAUAUAAUUCUUUGGAGAAAUCUUCUUUAGUAAUCCUCAAAGGUGAUUUGAACUAUCGAAAGUUAAUAGGCGAUCGCAAUUGGCCUCACACCUAUCCAUUCAAACAAGCACUGCGAUCUUUUCGGCCAGCUCCAUUAGCUGCCUUACGGACCAUAAAAGCUGAUUUAGUAGUAGGAUUAGCGGAUGGUGUAAGCGAUGAAUUAUCAAAGCAGGACAGUAAUUGGAUGACUUGCGGUAAAUACGGUCUUAUCCAAUUUUGUGACUCUAAGUUAUUGGCAAAUUCUGAAAUGGAUGCCUCACGCUAG